AUGGACCGCGUGAUGUGGUUGGCGUCGCAGAAAGCAGUGGUGAUCUUCAGCGUAAGCUCCUGCUGCUUCUGCCACUCCAUGAAGGCCUUCUUCUCCAACCUCGGCGUGAGCUACGCCGCCCACGAGCUCGACGAGCUGCCGCACGGGAAGCAGAUGCUGGGGGAACUGGCUGAUCUCGUCGGCCGCAAGCCGCCGGUGCCGGCGGUCUUCAUCGGCGGGAGUCUGGUGGGGACGAUGGAGAAGGUCAUGGCUCUCCAUCUCAGCGGAGACCUCCUCCUCAUCCUCAGAGACGCCGGUGCCAUUUGGCUGCUGCCUUCCAAGGCUCGAUACAGCGAUAGUUGA